AGCCGCUAAAACGGUUAGUUUUUCCGCGCCCAUGCCCGACCCUGUCAGAUGAUUUCUGCGCUCGACUAAAAUUUUAUUUAAUUUUUGGGCGAUUUGGGAGUUAAACAAGCUUUUUCAACUACGCUCUGCGCAGUUCAAUCAUUUUUUUAGCAUCUUGAGAGAUUCUGAAGGCGAUGGAUGAUUUUACAAAGCGAAUGUUGGAGAGGGCAAAGAGCCGGAGAGAAAAACUGGACACAGCUCUCGCUUCUGUCGGUGACAACAAACGACGUCGCGCACCCUUGGCUGAAAAUAAUCCGGCCCCUGCCACACCUUCAGCCGUGGAUGAUUUGAAAAAGGAUGGGUCUGGCGAUGCCCCCUAUUCCAAAAUGGAAAUGGACUUGGACGAAGUCUCUUCUUCAGCACCAAACUCGGCACUGCAAAACCGUCUGAACCGCCUUGGCCGUCUCUACACUGAACCUGAAAACCUGGAGCAGUACUCGUCUCCAGUUCACCCUCGCACGGAGACCCUAUCUCGCUUCCCAGCCUCCGAGCCGCCUGUCCCAAAGGCCCAAACUCAUGCUCGAAAGGCUCGUUUGGACGCUCUGGCCCAAAACUUCAAGGACUGGGAGGAUGACUACUCGAAACUGCCGCCGACACCCUACGCGCCAGACCAGCAGAGGCAACUGUCACCCGUCAGGAUUGGAAGGGCUGCCUCUCCUCAGAGGGCCCGAUUUGGCUCGCCUGUUCGAGCACCCUCUCCAGUAAGGGCCGCCUCUCCCCAGCCAAAGGUCCUCUUCGGAUCACCUGUCCGGGCUCCUUCUCCAGUGAGAGCAGCAUCGCCUGUCCGUAACAUGGGUGCUUCGUCACCUGUCCGAGCAGCCUCUCCGAUACCCAUUUCGCCUUUGGCCACUCCGUCCAGCUUCAGGACUCCACAGAUGGGUUUUAAAUCAAGCGCCGUCAAAAAUGUUGUCCUUGACAAGUCUAUCAUUGCUACACUGGAAGCUCAGGGUUUUGUGCCAACCGAGUCUAAAUCAUGCCUUGUUUACGAUUAUGACAAAAAAAAGAACCCACAGGAGGACGAGGAUGAAGAGGAAUCGUUUGUGUCCAGCGCCCCGACUCCAACCUCCGGAUCGGUCAGCUCACCUGGAUGGGUCUACAGGGCUGGCAGCCCCGUGAAGCCACGAAUGGGAGUCGGAAGCCCCGUUCGAGCGGCCUCACCCAUCAGGCAUGUGUCGCCUGUCAGGGCGGCCUCACCUGUCAGACCCAUGUCUCCAGUUCGGCCGUGCUCGCCAGUGGGGCGCCCGAAAAACAUGUCCCCAGGUUCAGUUUUGCAGAAGGCAGCCAUGUUUGAGUCUGCGGCCGUUGCAGCCUCGGCCAGUCCCGCCAUAGACCCGGCCAAUCUGCCGUUGUCUCAGAGAAUGGCGCUUUUUGAGAAGAACAAAACCAAUGCACCGCUGCUGCCCAAGGUUGCAUUCUCAACUCCGCUGCCAGCCAAACUUAUUCCCUCGGCGCCUACUGUCCCUGCUAAGGUAGAGCCAAAGCCGAAAGUUCAGGCUGCCCCUGUGAAGAAGCCAGCUGAGAGUCAGGAAAAAGAUAAUCUGGUACAAGCUCACAAGGCUAUGUUUGAAAAGAGCCUUAACCAAAUUGCUAAGCCAAGUGAGGUAGUUGCCUCUUCUCAAUCUGAGCGCCAAAAAGAGCUGGAAAUGCUGAGGAGCAGAUGGGACAAGCAGAAGCAGAUGUCGAAUAAGGAGGAACCUGAGGAGAAGGAUGAAGUCCAGGUGCCUCCUCCGCCACCCCCUGCACAGAUCCGUCAAAAAUCAAGGUCUCCCAGUCCUUCAAAGCGUGCAGAGUCUCCGAAGAAGCAAUACCCUUCAUUGGAUGUCAGAAAAAUCAAGGUCUCACCACCAAAAGAGGGACGCAUAUACCCCAGUCUGUCAGAUAUAGAUGCAACUGAGAGUGAAAUGGACGCAGACACUAGCGGUUCGACUGACCAAAGUGACGAGGUCAGCAGUGAAGCCAACCACAGCUUUGGGGAGGAAAUCCUCAAGGCGGCUGGGCUGAACAAUGAAAGGAACUCUGUAAAGAGGGUUGCUUCCAAAAUGACUGAAAAUGAGUGUGCCGUUUUAGAAGACAUGGAUGACUUCCUUGAUGAAGCUUUGGGUAAUAUUUCGGAGAUAGCGUCUGUUGGUCCUACGCCACCUAAAAAGAGCCGUGACAAAGAAGAGUACGUUUUCCGUACGCCUGCUGCCAAGUUCAUUCCAAGUGCUCCUGACACUCCGAUUCCAUCUGUGUUGGUUGACGAAGGCAACGUGAAGCCCCUGACUCACACAGUCAGUUUCUACCGCAAGCAGCAGUCUCAGGGUUCCAAACUGUCCACGCCUGUACACCAUGUCUACAGACAGCCAGAAGAAGUUGUUGAGGAGGAAACUGAUCCCCGGGAGACGGCCAGGAAAAUGCAGAAGAAGAUUAAGUCCCUGGAAGAGGAAGUGAGCAGGCAGCAGACAGUCAUCUCGCAGGCCAGUCAGGCGCUUAACUUGUGCCGCUCGACUGUCGAGUUCUCCAACUCUUCCGAGCAAGUUGAGGCGGAAAGGCUGCUGCUCUUGGCCACCCACAAAAGGCAGGCGUUGCUGAAUGAAAUCCAACGCUUGAAGGUGGAAGGUGAUGAGGAAAACGACCUUGAUGUGCAUUCCGAAACUGGCUCCUUAGCCAUUUCAAAUUUGUGUCUUCCGCUGAAGAGAGAGUUCCUCUCCAGGAUGCGCCGUGAAGAAAAUUUGGAGCAAUACAUUGUGUGUCUUGUCAAGAGCCAGGAGCAAGUUCUUGCCUCCCCAAUGCUGCCCACGUCUUCUGUGCCUCCAAAGCAAGAACUGGUUAGGUUCCCAGGAACUUUGACCCUGGAAAAGCUGAAGAGCAAUUUUGCUGUAACCCUGGAAGUUUACACCCUGCAAGCCAGAAGGGAGACCAUAAGUCACGAGGACAAGUACCACAUCAAGAAGGACACUCCAAAACUCCGACUGACCCCGAAAAAGCAGAAGAACGACAGCUUGUUGGUAAUGCCAGUGAUUCAGAGCCCUGCUGGCCCAAAUGCUGUUCGAUCUCCUUCUUUCUCUCUUGCUGGCUUCACUGUAUUUUCUCUCAGAGAACUGAGCCGCACGCAAUUCACCCUGAACAAGGUGCCAUAUAAUAGCCCACUUGAGGGCCAUAUCUGCCUGGAAAUGUCAAGCGAAUUACUCCUAGACACUGAGCAACGCGGCUUCUUGACCAUGUUCGAUGACAUUAGUGGAUUCGGCGCCUGGCACAGGCGUUGGUGUGUGUUGGACGGAGCUCGACUGGCUUAUUGGAAAUAUCCUGACGACGAAAAGAAAAGGGAACCCAUUGGUUGGAUUGAUUUGAGCGAAUGCUCCUCCAAGCAAAUCACUGCUGUGUCCAGAGAAAUCUGCGCUCGUCUCAACACUUUCUUGAUUGAGACUCAAAGACCUGCUUGUCCGGAUGAUAAGGAAUCUCUUGUGAUGAUUCCAGGCAAAAAUGUCACCACCAUCAGACACCUGAUAUCAACUGACUCAAAAGAAGAGCGCAUCCAAUGGUGCAAAGAGCUGAACCAUGCGGUCACCUCGAUGAGGGCCUGGAAGUCCUGCCACAAGACAGCUGGCAAGGGCGCUGCUGUGUAGGGUGUUAUAAAAGCACAUUAUUAUUUUACAAACGCCGCAUAAGGCAUUAAGUAUUAAAUUCUUACUGAUCUGUCCUUUCUUUCUUUACACACAGGAUUAGGACACAUAUUUGUAUUAUUACUCUUCUGAAUUGUGACUGCAAAUGUUUUGAUGUCACGUCUGGUCAUUUCCAGUAAUUGACAGGUGUGAAAAACAAUUUUAGAACAGUUGAAAAAUCACUGUCAAAACGCACUUGAAUUAAUUCAAUUGAAAAAUAUUGAAGAUAAAAAUAUGCCAAUUACUAAACACAUCUGUUGUAUGAGAGGGGAUUGAUGAAUUUUUAAUUUUUGGUAUAAUAUUGUAAUGGAAAUCAUAACAUAAAUUUAUACCUUUUAAUAUGCUAACCAAAACCUAUUUGAAAUAAAUAUUUUUUAA